AUGGCCGCUCGUGGCUAUGAAAAUCGAACCCAAGAAGCGCGGAGAAACCUACCAGAGCAGCCUGAUAUGAGUAUUCCGAUAAUUCCAAUCCUCACACCUGAAGACUCGGAAUGGAAAUAUAUAUCACCCCCUUGUCAUUAUGCUGGGACUGGUCCUGUGGCAGAACCCGUUGCAAAUAAUGUAUCAUCUUCUAAUACCUCUGUUGGUAACUCGGAUAUAUCCAUAGACGCUAGGCUCAAAGACGCUAGGCUCAAGCUUAAACUUGAUCUACUAAAACUUAUAGGCCUAUUACUGAGGGAUCCUGAUCAGACGCAGGUGAUAAGACUAAGACUGAAGUUCGACCAGUUACAAGUUGGGACAGCAGAAACGGAUUCUCGAAUCGAAAGGUUAAGAGCUGAAAAUUCGAGGAUUGAACGAGCAGAAUUAGAAGUGGAAUUGAGGAAAGCGAGAGCCGAGUUGGCAUCAAUAGAUGCAAAUUUGGCCUCUGACGAGAUAGUCGACGGCGAAUUGGGCGAGGACGAAUUAGGCGAGGACGAAUUGGACGAGGACGAAAUGGACGAGAAUGAAACGAAUGACAACGAUGUAUCGGGAGAGACUGGGAGGGAAGAGAAUAAGAAGGGAGAGGACGAGGAAAUAGAGGAUCACAAAAUUGAUGAGCACAAAAAAGAAGAGAGUGAAAUAUUGGACGAAAUGGAAGACAAAAAAAUGAAUAAGUAUGAAAUGGAGGAUCACAAAGCGAACCAGCAUAAAAUUGACAAGGAUCAGAAGAGCGGCAAAGACUAUGAUAAGAAAGAAACCCUUGUUAAUUCGUUCAGGGAAGCCAUUCGAAAAGAAUUGGAUGACGAACUCGAGGAAGCAUUUAGGAAGAACAAAAUACUCGACUUACAGGAAAAGAAGGACGGGCAUUCGCCUAAAAAGCGCAAAUUCGAGGAUCAAGAAAAACAGUCCGAUACAUCAAACGCUACUUCGUCUUCGCCAGAUGUGAAAUUCAGCAGCUCAAAAGUGGCGUGGAUAGAUACGGUACCGUUAUUGAGAGAGCUAAACACACAUCUGGCAGAGUGUAGGUUGGGUAGUUCAGCAGAGGAGAUAAUGGACAUUCGAUCUUGGAUUGACAGGGGAUUCGAUUCUGGAAUGAGAAGACUGCUGAGAAACCAGCCUAUUGCCGAUAUACUGGCUUCAUGGGACAAUAGAUACGAAGAUGAGGGACUAAAUAAUAUUCUUAGGUCAGUUGUACUAGUAUACGAUUCGAUUGAAGAUCUACACACGCUUCGUGUGCACUAUGAUCGAAUUCUCGGCGAAGCGGUGCUCUCAUUACACUCCAGAGCAAAAGUACGAGACUCAGGGAGGAACGAUCAUGAAACCGAUUUUGGAAAUUUGGCUCUGUAG